UCCAUUCCACCUCCUCACCGUCCAACUUCCCUUUCCCUUCCCCCUUUUGGGCUCCCUUCUUCGCUUCAUCCUGUCUUGUUUGUCGAUCUCUUUCUCUUGCCUGGGGUGCUUGUCUUAACUGUGCCCGAUUCCUUCUUUUCCCCUCCGAUCCGGUUGCUCCGCUCGCCAUGAGCUCGCAGCGUUAUCAACGGGUCAACGCCCAUGAUGAAGACGACCACCUUCAAUCUCAAUCGUCCAUUCCUCUCCGAACUAGUCCCACUCCCAACUCCCCUCCUCCUUCCUUUCGUUCUCGUUCCUCUUCUUUCUCUUCUCGACGCCUUCUGCCGAACGAUGACCCCCGCCGACACGACGCCGAUCAGACCUUAGCCGAUGCGUUUGGGGAUGGCAGCGAUUCAGAGCCCGACGACGAACCUGACGACCGUCAGCGGCUAAUGCGGGCUCAGCCGGAACCAUGGACGUCGGCGGACAACCGCAGCAGUGCGGCAGCAGCGAACGGCGCAGCGGCAUCUUCCUCUGGAGGAGCGGGCGGCGGCGGAUUUGAGGCGUCCUCGGGAGAGACUCGCACCAGCGGAGGCAUCCAGCGACGACCUACUAUCUUGCCAUCCUUCAGCGCCCCCAGCUCUGGAGCCAGUCGGGUGGUCACUUCGGCGAACGAUGGUGUGUUUGCCAACCUGGCAGCGAAGCCCGAGCGUGGGGAGAAGAACGAAGAUUUACCACCGUCUUACGAAGAAGCGGCGGCGGACGCCACCCCUCCUUACUGGGAGACGACAAUUCUGGCGCCUGGCAUUUCUUCGGACGAAGUUUUCGUGGACGGGCUGCCGGUUGGCUCGAUCUUCUCGUUCGUCUGGAAUGCCAUGAUCUCCAUGUCGUUCCAACUGGUCGGCUUCCUCCUAACGUAUCUCCUCCACACCACACACGCGGCCAAGAAUGGUAGCCGGGCGGGUCUCGGUCUGACGCUGGUGCAAUAUGGUUUUUACAUGAAAGGCGGCAAUGAGUCGAAAGGGUCGGACGAGGGCGGGGCGGAAUAUGUCACGCCUCCAGAUCCCAACAGCCACAGCUUCGACCCCAACAACGUCGACGGCAGCACGGGUGGUGAAGGCGGCAGUGGGGGUAUGUCUGGCAUUACAACAAGCGAAUGGAUCUCCUAUGUGUUGAUGAUUGUUGGGUGGUUUAUCCUGAUUCGGGCCAUCAGCGACUUCUUGCGCGCGCGGCGUCACGAGCAGCUUGUGUUGCAAAGCCCUGAGCGUGGGCUCAAUGUGCCGAUCAUUGCGACAGGCGAGCGAUCGGAGACGGUCGUCUAAGACUGACUUGAAUUCUAUUAUGGUCUAGGAUCAUGGGCAUUAUACACUCGGAAGGAGCAUUGGGCGUUUAUACAGUGACUUGUCUUUCUUUAACUUUUUCAUUUCCUUUUGUCCCCCUCUCUUUCUCUUUUCUUUUCUUUUCUUUCUGUUAUUCCCUCGGCAUUCUUAUGGUGCGACCAAUUUCGUCGUACCUAGAAUGGCUGGAUGGACAAAUGGGGAAUGAUUAAUGGGAUCCGGAACUGGAGGACUGUAGCUUAGGGAUUGUUUUCUUUUCCUUUUUUUUUUCUUUUUCUUGUGGAGAUAUAUCGUUAGCGAGAUACCAAUCACCCAUCUACCAUCAUCUUCACGGGAUGGUUAUUGUC